ACUCCCAAAUUAUAAUUUCCAACAAAGCUGUUAAUGGCGUCCAUUUCCACACCCAGCAGAACAACACCAUGGGCGGCGGCGCUGCUCCUUUCACUUCUCGCCAUCGCCAUUACUUCCGGUGAAGCUCAAGACUCCACCACCCUAGUUCCAGCCAUCAUUACUUUCGGUGACUCCGCCGUUGAUGUGGGUAACAACGACUACCUCAACACCCUUUUCAAAGCUAAUUACCCACCCUACGGCCGCGACUUCGCCAACCACCAAGCCACCGGAAGGUUCUGCAAUGGCAAACUCGCCUCCGACAUCACCGCUGAUACACUUGGAUUCAAAACAUACCCACCGGCGUAUCUCAGCCCUGAAGCUUCCGGAAAUAAUCUUCUCAUCGGAGCCAAUUUUGCGUCUGCCGGAGCUGGUUUGGAUGAUAGAACUUCCAUUGCGAGCCAUGCAAUUGCAUUAUCGCAACAAUUACAAUACUACAAAGAGUAUCAAGGUAAGCUAGCACAGGUCGCCGGAAGUUCUAAAGCCGCCUCCAUAACUAAGGACGCUUUAUACUUACUUUCCGCCGGCAACACCGACUACGUUCAGAACUAUUACGUCAACCCUUUCAUUAACAAAGUCUACACUGCCGACCAAUACGGAUCCUACCUCGUCGGAAUCUUUUCAAGCUUCGUCAAGGAUUUGUAUGGAUUAGGAGCAAGGAGAAUCGGAGUGACGUCACUUCCACCGCUUGGCUGCUUGCCGGCGGUGAGAACUUUGUUCGGAUCCCAUGAAAAGGGGUGUGUAAGCAAAAUCAACACAGAUGCUCAAUCGUUCAACAAGAAGAUAAAUUCAGCUGCAACCCAACUCGGAUCACAACUCCCAGGUCUCAAGAUUGUUAUCUUCGACAUCUUUCAACCACUUUACGACCUCAUCAAAGAUCCCGCCUCCCAUGGGUUUGUGGAUGCGUCGAGAGGGUGUUGUGGAACAGGAAGAGUGGAGACGACGGUGUUCUUAUGUAACCCUAAAUCGAUCGGGACAUGUUCCAACGCGACUCAGUUUGUGUUCUGGGAUAGUUUUCAUCCAUCUGAAGCUGCUAAUCAAGUCCUUGCUGACACCUUAAUCGUCGCCGGAAUCGCCCUCCUCGGUUAAUCAAUCAUCAUCGCACUUUUUUUAUAUAAACUUUGUAUUACUUCAUGUACACAAUGUUCUAUAAUUCGAAAAGGGCAAAAUCGAGUUUCCAUUACUAUUACUUCUGUUUUUCGUUAUGUUUGAAUUCAAAAUCAUCGAUUACAAGUUGUAUUCAAGAAUCCCAGAUUCAAUUUUACACGUAUUUGUUUC